CAGGACCAAUGACAUUUAUUAUUAUGAUAUGACUUAUUGGAAUGGGGGAUUUGAUAUUGCAGCAUGGUCAAUAGCUACCUUAUCUGCGGUGCAUCUCAUGUUGUGACCACUUAACAAAAUUCCUUACGGAUACGGCUGACAGACCCUCCGGACCUGGAUAUUUGAGUCUCGAUUCUCUCCUCCGCCCCACCCUUUACCUUUCUUUCGCAUACAAACUAUAACGAUAUGAGUGCAUAUAAUCUCAACAGCACCUUACAAACCAUUUCCAAUCGAUUUCAACAAUCUUACGAGAAACUUCCCUCUCCUGUGGUCACCGUGUCGGCUGCCUUGGUAGCUUCAUACUUAGUUCUGAAAUAUGUUAAGAGCUCCCAGAAAAGGUCACCCCAUCUUGUGCCAGUCGUGCCAUACACCUUACCUUUCGUUGGAAAUGGCUUAGAAAUGAAUAGGGACCCUUACGCGUUCAUACAAAGAUGUAAAGAGCAAUAUGGUCCUGUGUUCGAAAUAUACACUUUCGGCCAAAAGUUGAUUGUUGUCACUGGAAAACAGGUCGUAGAGUGCUUUAGAGUAGGCGAAGAAUACCUUGACUUCCAGGAAGGUGUCAAAGAUCUGUUGCCAACCGCGCAUAUUAUAGAUGUGAGCUACAGCAAGAUGAAACAACAAGAUGGCCCACAAUAUCCUAUGAGCAAAAACCCUCUCAUCCGUCUGGUUCGCAAUAACUACAAAUCACAUCAGUUGUCUAUGUUUCAAGAUCGGUUAAUUGAUGCUGUUCAAAAAAGCUUGGAGAAAGAUAUCGUCUUCAAACCAGGAGAGAACUCGACGACAGUAGACGCCAGUACUUUCUUUCAAAAGCUCGUCGCCCGUAUCGGCGUUCAACUCUUUGCUGGAAGGAAAUAUGCCGAUAGCGAACCUUUGAUCCAGGCAUUUGCAGAUUAUGCUCUUAGCAUGUUCAGAGCUGGUAUGGCGCAAAAUGUUUUGCCCACUCCUGUCGCUAACUUCAUCCUCCGUCGCUAUCUUUCUGUUGGAAAAAACAUUGAAACUAUCAUGAAAGAAGUGACUCCUUAUGUCACCAGUAUAAAAGAAGAAGAAGAUCAGUUUGGUCAGUCAAAACCUGACGACUUUAUGCAUAUGAUGCUACAAGUUCCUGGCGCAGAUGACCAUGUUCAAACUCCAGAAGAGACGGCUUUUUGGUUGAAGGAUAUCGCUUUUGCCAGUAUUCACACUACCAGCACCUUUGUCAGCUUCGCUGUUCAUGAUCUCUCCGACCGUCCCGAUAUACAAGAUUUACUUCGAAAGGAAAUCAACGAGACGAUAGAAGAACAUGGAGAAUUAACGCCUGAGCUUACCGUUAAAAUGCCCAUCAUGGAUUCCUUCUUGCGAGAAUCUCUCAGAAUUCAAAGUGACUACGUUGGAUUCCGACAUAAGGCAAUGAAGGAUACAGUAUUGCAAGGCGGCCUUACGAUUCCUAAGGGCGCAACUGUCGGCUUGUCCGUUUAUGAUGCUCAUUUGGACACAGAGAUUCAAGACAUUGGCCCUAACAAUAUCCCUCUGAGUGAAAUAGAUCCUCUUCGAUUUGUUGGUCAACGCUCAAAGAAGAGUACUUCCGUUGGUACGGAUUUCCUUAUUUUUGGCGUUGGAGCUCACUCUUGCCCCGGCCGUUACUUAGCUAGUCAGGAGAUUCGAUACAUUAUUUCUUGUCUUCUCCAACAAUAUGACAUUUCCACCACCACGAAAGACGGGAAUGAUAAAAUUGGUACCAGCUCAACCGUUUAAACUCACUAAGCGAGUGUAAGAUCCCAGAAGGUGUCACGCAUAUUAUAGGAGAAUUCUAUGUAAUUAUUAUACGACUAUAUUUACUAAAUAUUUGAAACGCAAAAUAAGAAAAGGUUACAUCCUUGUACGAUAUAUUCCAUAUUUUCGCUAUGCUUUGAUGAUAUUGACGACUAGCA